UUAUCUUAUCAUUUUUUGUUGUUUUAAAUUUGAUAAUUACAGUUUAUUUUGUACUAAGUGAGAGAUAAAUGUAUUGUACAAACAGCCACUGUGUUUAUUGGGUGCAGUAUUGUUGUAGUGUUAUUGAGAAAAGGUCUCUUUGGAGGUGAUUAUAAGUAAAAUAGUAAAUGACAUCAGUCGUUAGUCAUAUCUGGAUAUUUUGUUGAUACUGGUGGUUCGAAACUAGUAAUGGGUCAAACCCUUUCCGAGCCGGUGACGGAGAAGCAAUCGUCAACAUGUCAGGACAGCCGCUACCUAGUGGGCUCGUCCUGCAUGCAGGGUUGGAGAGUGUCCAUGGAUGACUCGCAUACACACAUACUCUCGCUACCAGAGGAUCCCGGGACUGCAUAUUUUGCGGUGUAUGAUGGACAUGGCGGAUCCAACAUAGCAGAGUAUGCUGGCAAGCAUCUUCACAAGUUUGUGACAGCCAGACCGGAGUACCACCUCGGGAACAUUGAAGAGGCUUUGAAACAGGGUUUCCUAGACCUAGACCAGGCGAUGUUGGAGGAAGAUAUGCUGCAGACGAAGGUAGCAGGCAGCACGGCGGUGGUGGUGCUCGUGAAGGACAACACCCUGUACUGCGCCAACGUUGGGGAUUCCAGAGCUAUUGCCAGCGUUAGGGGCACGGUGGAAGUAUUAUCAUAUGACCACAAACCGAACAACGAGGAGGAGCUCCGUCGUAUCACGGCUGGUGGAGGCUGGGUGCAGCUCAACAGGGUCAACGGGAACCUCGCGCUGUCCAGGGCACUAGGGGACUAUGUCUUCAAGAGGAACUACAGACUGUCGCCGCAGGAACAAAUUGUAACAGCGUUCCCAGACGUACAAGUGAGGCAGUUGAACGACGACUGGGAGUUCAUAGUGAUAGCCUGCGACGGAAUCUGGGAGGUCUUGUCCAAUGAGGAGGUGAUAUCAUUCUGUCGUGUACGCCUACUAAGCGGUUGGGAGCCGGCAGCAGUCUGCGAAGCACUAAUGCAGCGCUGCCUCGCACCAAACUGCGCCACCGGCGGACUCGGCUGUGAUAACAUGACCGUCCUACUUAUCUGCUUAGCCCCCUUCCCACGCAUCGACCCAGCCAGUCCCCCUCUACCAGUAGAACAGGAACUAAACAGUAAGUUUAUGACAAAAAUGGAAGACUUAUUGUACGUCGAAGACGAAGAGGAAGACCUCAAGUGAAAAAUUAAAUAAAAUAUUAUAUUUAAUCUGUAAAUGUGUGUACAUAGAUAGGUUAGAUGUUGAACUCUAUCGUUAAACUACUAAGGUUGAUAAUUGUGUGCAUAAGUAUAGACAUAAGACGUUCUAGCACAAUGUUUUUGUGAUGAUUUGAUUGGUGCAUUUUUAGAAGUUAUCCUUUUUGGUGACGAGUAGGCUAGUCCUUGUUGAAUAAGUGUAACAUGAUAUUACGAUGUUAUUAUUAUUGAAUUACGGUAGUACUCGUACUAAUUUCAUUGUGAUUUUUGAUAAGGAAUUACCUAAUAAGGUACCUUUUGGUCAGAGCCUCUAUUGGGGGAUACUAUUAUUAAACAAACUUAAAAAUCUAUGUUUUUGUUAUCAAUUUGAAUCAAGUAUUUAUAAAUAUACCUUGCAAACGCAAUGUGUAGAUAUAUUUUUUGCCAUAAAUUUCAGACUUGCGACCUAUUGUAUGACCUCAUGCCAGUGGACGUCUCGGUGGUUAAAAUAGCGACUAACUCUAACGGAAUCUAGGAAGUUGUCAAUAAUAGGUAACAUUAUAACAGGUACCUAAACGCUUAGGAGUAUGUGACGACUUAUUUACCAAGUCUAGAAGUCUUAUUCCAGCUUCUCUUUUCUCUUCUCUCUAUAUAUUGGAAGCGACCUUAGGAGACCUACAAAUAAAAGCAAUGCAAUUGAACCCAAUUUUUAGACAAAAACAUACAUUUAGAUGCCCCAGGUACUGAACCUGGAAGAUUGACUGGGUUGCUAUGACGUCCUCCUCCUCUAUACAUCUGGGUUAUAAGAUGGUUUAAAUGAAAACAUCAUAAAAUACUUCGGUAUACUUCAGAGGGUUAAUGAGGACGUGGCUACUCAAUGCAGUAACGCAGAGAUGGACCUGAGUAGCAUUGAGGUGGGCCUAAAAAAUACAUGUGUUCACAAUAGGCCCGAAGAUGAACUACAGGCCUUUUCACAAUGGCCGGACAUGCCCGACAAGAAACCUUAAAUUCAAGGACACCUGGUACUGCAUUAAUAAAAAAAAAACAGGAUAAUAGCAACAUGGAUUUGAGAAAUCCUCUCAACAUGGAUUUGAGAUGGAUCUGAGUAGCAGUAGGAAAGAUGGAGGUGGUCUCAUCAAAUAUUUGUGUUGCGUACAAGGAGCUGUUGAUUCUGGGGCCCCUGCUGUAUUCUGGGGCCCCUGCUGCAUUCUGGAUAAACACACACGAAAUACUGGAUUAAUAUGACGUCCUCUGUACAGUUUGGUAGUUAGUUGAUUUUGUUUCUCCUAUAAAGCAUGAUCAGAAUAAGUUGAGGACGUGGCUACUCAAUGCAGUAAAGCAGCAAUGGAUCUGAGUAGCUUUGAAGCGGGCCCAAAGUAUAUGUGAUUACAACUGGUCUAUAGUUGUGUAGUUUGAGACUACAGGCCCAAGCAUUUCACAAUGACCCGCAAACCCCUUACGAAAAUGAAGGUGGUGUUAGCAGACAUUCGAGUAGUGCCCGACAAGGACCUUGAUCUAGAUGCCCCAAGUACUGAACCUGGAAGAUUGACUGGGUUGCUAUGACGUCCUCCUCUAUACAUCGAGGUUAUAAGAUCGUUUAAACGAAAACAUCAUAAAAUACUUCGGUAUACUUCAGAGGGUUAAUAAGGACGUGGCUACUCAAUGCAGUAACGCAGAGAUGGACCUGAGUAGCAUUGAGGUGGGUGACAAAAAUAUAUGUGUUCACAAUAGGCCCGAAGAUGAGCUACAGCCUUCAAUCCAAGGACACCUGGUGCUGCAUUAAUAAAAAAACAGGACAAAAGCAACAUGGAUCUGAGAAAUCCUCUCCUUUUGUACAUUUAGGUCCUAGGUAGUAAUGUUUUAGAGCUAUUUAUUCAUCUUGGUAGUAAGACGCUUUAGGACCUUUCCUAUAUAAAGCAUCAUAAACUACCUUGUGGCUUAUAUGAGGACGUGACUUCCCAAUGGAGUAAAUCAGAGAUGGAUCUGAGUAGCAGUAGGAAAGAUGGAGGUGGUCUCAUCAAAUAUUUGUGUAGCGUACAAGGAGAUAUGGAUUCUGGGGCCCCUGCUGCAUUCUGGAUAAACACACACGAAAUGACUGGAUUACUAUGACGUCCUCCUUUGUACAGUUUGGUAGUUAGUUGCUUUAGUUUCUCCUAUAAAGCAUGAUAUCAGAAUAAGUUGAGGACGUGGCUACUCAAUGCAGUAAAGCAGUGACGGACCUUAGUAGCUUUGAAGCGGGCCUAAAAUAAAUGUGAUUACAACAGGCCUGUAGGCGGACUACAGGCUUUUCACGAUGGCCCGCAUAUCCCGCUAGGUAAUAAA